AUGGCCUGCUUAAUCGUUUUGCCAGCAGCUAUUAGCUCUAUCUUCUUCUUCAUCGCCGGAAUCACUGCAUUCAUCAGAAAGCACUCGCAAAAAUCCCUGAUUCCAGCUUCAAUCUUGGCCGGAGCGUUUAGCGCUGCCGUUUAUGUUAUGGUGAUAAAGCCUUAUGAGUUCAUUGGAUACAUCAUUGCAAUUAUCACCUCCAUUAUUGCCUUGAUUAUUGGCUCUAUCAUGAUAUUCAUCGGUGGCGAUAGGACGAUUUUAAGAAGAAAUAUUGCAUUUUCCGUAUAUACUUGCGGCAUCUUCUGUACCGCUUUCUACUACGGUAUUAUCAUUAAGAUGAUUUACACCUUGCCUUCGACUAUUAUUUACAACAAAAACUAA